AUGAGUAAUUUGACACCGCGUUCUAUGAAAUCAGUAGAAGAUACAAUCGAUAGAACUCCAGAGUAUAUAAGCUUCAUAAAAAGUCUUGAAGAGUUCCAUAAAAAUCAUGGAACCACUUUCCAAAAAGAACCUGUUUUGGGAUCAAAGAAAUUAGAUUUGUAUAAAAUUUAUCAAAUGGUGAUUGCUGAAGGGGGGUGUGAAAGAAUAUGCGCGGAGAAAUCAUGGAAAAAAAUAUGCGAACGUUUUAAUUUUCCACAAACUUGCACAAACAGUGCUUUUGUGAUGAAAAAUAUUUAUAUAAGAUUCUUGGAACCAUACGAGUUGGAACAUUUUUGGGGUAAAAAAGUUCCUUAUGUAGCUCCUGUUUCAACAAAUCGAGUUUUAAAGAUUUUACCACAUGAAACUCCAAGAAAUGAUUCACAAAGAAGAAUAGUUUAUAGCCUGCCAAUAGAUUUUAGUAUGGGAAUAAAAGAUGAUUCAGAUGAAGAAAAAGGUAAAUAA